CAUGCACUUAUUUCUAAGCACACAUUUGCUGAUGGUAUUUGUUUUCUUUUAUGCGCUCGUGAAUAUCAGAUGAAGCUUGUCGUCUUUUUUUCUAACAUCAUCUCCUGAGGAAGGAAACCAGCCAAGUGUUAUUCUUCAUCUCUGCAGGUUAUUCUGAGCGACACCGAGGAUAUGGAAAGCGCAUAUGGUGCAAUCGUGCGCUUGAGCAACUUGUAGGAUGUGCAGGAUGAUUCCGCAUUAGAGGAUGUGAGAGCGGAUGCAGAGGAAACACAGAUCCUGCCUUACGCAUCACGCAUCAGAGGGAAAAAUCCCACAGCAACGCCACCCAACCCGCCAGACUUUACUAGAAAGACAAAAGUAACCAAGGAACCGAAAUUAAAUUCACUCGCUGCUACCAAACGCCACAAUACCGCAGACUGAGCAGUUGGACUCAGCGACGCAUGGGAACAUACUUCGGAUGUGAGAAAAGCACAAUAUUUGUGAAGGAUCUGUCGCGUAACGAGGAGACACAGUGGCAUCCUUCGGGAUCUUGACAGAGCCUAUAAAUCCCAUCUAAUGCGUGACGGGAUGCUCGGACUCUCAAGUCUUUUUGACCUGAAGUAAAGUAAACCGACCCCGGUGUGAAGUGAAGAACAUUAUGAUGAAUGCUUCUGUAUAUCCUCCGAGAGCGAUACUGGAACUUAAUCGCGCAAUUUUGUGAUCAUCUCUCCGCGCGCAAAGGGAUCCCUUUUCACUUUCACUGCCCUUCCGUGCCACCCAGUAAGAUGGAAGUUUCUCACAGGGGGAGAACAAACAUGUUGCGUCUCCAUACUCUGCAUUUCAUUGUAAUGCUGCUCAGAGUUACAGACUGUCGUAUCCUGGAGAAUCUUCAGCGCUACGCCUCCCCAACUUACCUGCCUGUCAACUUCCAGCUCCUCAACACAGAGUCCUCCUUCUUUCUUAAGGAGGCCACCCAGGACUUCAUGCGCAACUCUAGCUUCCUCUCCAGAACGGAGCUGUUCUUCAUCCACCAGGCCAGGAGACCUCCCAUCAUCAAUGCCACGUAUGGAACCUUUGCGGUGGAGGAGCCUAUUCCUUUGGAUCUCCUCCAGAUGCCUGGCUCCUUUGUGGCUUCUUCAACUCUCUUCACCUUCAACUGGAAAGUACAAACCUUUGUUCUCAACGAAAUGAUUUACCUGAACAAACCCAAGGUUCAGGUCUUGUUCUACAUCGCUGGGAGGGACUGGGAUGACUACAGCGCCGUGGACAAACUCCCUUGCGUACGGAUGUUCGCCUUCCACGAAACCCAGGAGGUCCAUGGGAGCUGCAGGUUGCGAGGGGACAUGGGCGUCUGCGUCGCUGAGCUCGAGCCUCUUCCUGGGUGGUUUGCACCUCCUAGUGUUGUCCCUGGACGCCAAAGGGGUCCGGAUAUGUCAGAAGGAACGCCUGUUGAGCUGUACUACAGCUUUCGGGCCGCAGAAGAAGGAGGUUGUCUUUCUGAGGAGUUAGGGGUCAAGAGCUCCGCUCACUCAGAUCAAGAGGGAUUGUUUGGGUCGCCGACCUCUACACCCAUGAGGCGCAUCGGGAGUGUAAGAUUAUUCCAGAAUCCAUCUGCUCCGGAAUUAUCAGAGCAGCGUUUGGAUGGGAAUUUUGCAGUGUUGGUACCAUCCGCGCCAGUUCGGCAAAGGGAUACCGUGUCAGCAUAUGUUGCAGCUUCGCCGUACUCACCUGUGGAGAUGUUCACUCUCAGGGUGAAGUUAAAAGAUGGAGUGGCAUUCCUUGGUGCUCGACCCAGUAACCCCACGCUUUGGAUGGUUAGUCAAGAUGUCAGAACAGAAGGUCACAGGAUUGUGACCCUGCAUUGUCGCCGUAAGGAGUCCAGCUAUGGACAGAGCGUGGAGCCGGGCUGGCAGAGGGUGGUUCAGGUGGAUCUGGAGGUGGACGGUGUCGGAAGUACGGUAGGCAGCAGGUCCAUUUCCUGGGCGGUGGAAUAUCCGGGCAUCAGGGCCAGCAAUGAGGAAACUGAGACGCACAUCCACCUGGCACAGAAAGACCUAGUUGGCAUCGUGCCGCUGGCUAUGGAAACAGAGAUCCUGAACACGGCAGUGCUGAACGGGAAGACGGUGGCGGUGCCAGUGAAGGUGGUGACGGUGGGCACAGACGGGACGGUUACAGACGUGUCAGACGAUGUGCAGUGCCAGUCCACUGAUGAAGACGUGGUUAAGGUAUCAGACAGGUGUGAUUACGUCUACGUGAAUGGCAAGGAGAUGAGAGGACGGGUCCAAAUGCUGCUGAACUUCACAUACGGUUACCUGAGGGCCCAGCUGGAGGUGAAGGUCUGGAUUCCCAAACUGCCUCUGCACAUCGAAGUUUCAGAUACUGAACUCAGUCAGAUCAAAGGCUGGAGGAUUCCCGUAAACAGUAACGCCCAGAGGUCAACGCGGGACAGUGAAGAUGACGAUGAUGAAGAGCGGAGAGGAAAGACGUGUACUCUGCAGUACCAGAUGGCCAUGGUGCGUGUGCUCACACACUUUGUGGCUGAAUCCUCAGAGACGCGAGGUCAGGUGGCCCACAUGCUGGGCAGCGAUUGGCAGGUGGAUAUUACGGAGUUAGUCUGGGACUUCCUGAAGGUAGAGAAUCCACGAAUCGCUAGGCUGAGAGAGGGACGUGUUUUGGAGGGCAUGGAUACAGGCAUGACCAGCAUUCAGGUUCUGUCCCCGCUGUCAGACUCCAUCCUGGCAGAGAAGACGGUGAGGGUUGUGGAUGAUCGAGUGGCCAUCACUGAACUGGGCCUGCAGUUGGUCAGUGGUCUCACACUCAACCUGCAGCUCAGCACAGGAAGUAACCGAGCCAUCAGCGCCACAGCAACCACACAGGAAGUGCUAAGCAAUCCUAAACAGGAGGCGCUGAUCAGUGCGUGGCUGCAGUUCAGUGAUGGCUCCAUGGCUCCUCUGGACCUGUACAACCCAGGGCACUUUGUUCUGACCGCUACCUCUCUGGAUGAGGAUGUAGUGUCCGUACGGCAAGACGCAGCAGGCCGGUGGCCAGUUAUUUCUGCACGAGCCGAGGGUCAAGGUCUGCUGGUGCACGUGGAAAUGACGGUAUCUGAAGUAUGUCAGAAAUUUAAGCGUCGGAGCGUCCUGGCGGCUGGAAACUGCAACAUCCGUGUGAAGUUCGGUCGUAGCGAAAGCGCCUUGAGACCGGGUGACUUCGGCCAGGAUGAGGACAUGGACAACAGACCAGGAGACCGCAGACAGAAUCCGUCUCUCCCGGAUAGGACCGGAAUGGACAACCACUACUAUGGAAGCUCCAUCUCAGACAUGGAGGACGGUAUCAUGAGAAGAAUCACCACCACAGCCAAAACAGCAAUCAUCAGGAGACCAGGCGGAGACAAGCUCUCAGAUGAUGGGAGCCAGUUGCCCGGCAUUCCAAUUGACUUCUCAGACUUCCCCGCUCAAGUGGACCUUCCCCGAGGACAUAACGUGGAUGAGGAUGACCUUCAAAUACCUCAUGGACUUACUGACCUUGAAAUUGGGAUGUAUGCUUUAUUAGGAGUCUUCUGUUUAGCUAUUCUGGUUUUCCUCAUCAAUUGCAUCUCAUAUACCCUCAAGUACCAACACAAGGAGAUGUCGAUUGAGGGCCAGGAGAGCUUGAACCACGCCCACGACUGGGUGUGGCUGGGAAACGACGCCGAACUUCUGGAGAGCCACGUAAGUUUGUCUCCGCAGACCGAUGAGCACAUCACCAUUAUGGAUUCCAGCUUAGGAGGGUUAGAGGAAGGGAGCCACCUUCUCAACGGCGGUUCUUUGCAGAAGAACGUUCAAGGCCAGGUGCACCGAGGAGCCGAAACCGCUACGCUCUGCACCGGAAAAGACAGCAAAGGCGAUUCACCAACGACCAAAAGAAAACGUGUGAAGUUUACCACAUUCACCACCAUCCCAGUGGAAAGUGUUAGUCCGGCUAAGGAAAAUCUGGGAGUCAAUCCUGACAAUGACAUUAAGUGGGUAUGUCAGGAUGUUGAGCUUGGUGACUCCAAGGAACUACGAAACUACAUGGAGCGGCUAAACGACAGUGCUUUAAAGGAAGUGGCGUAGUCAAAUCAAUGUGUGCGAACUGAACUCACCCUUUUGCCUUUGUAAUAGAGAUGAGUACGAGCCAGGGAACAACUGCUACAUAAACCUUAUUGAACACAACACAUCAGUCAUUACAUAACAAAGGAUGUCUAGCAUUCUUUUGGUUUGACAUGUCAAUGGUAGGACAAUGCCAAGACAGAGAGAACAGCAGACUUAUGGCAAAAUAUGACAUUUUAACAGGAUGAAUCGAAUCUUUUUUGUAUGUUCGUUUAUAUUAUGUUCUCUAUUCUCUUCAUUUUUAAGUGAUUUUAUUUUACCACCUUUUGUAGUUAAAAACUAAACCGUAUUUCCAGGCUUGCCAAUGCUCUGCACUCACUUAUGAGGCUACAGGACUGUAUGCAGAUGGUGACAUGUAGAUUAAGGAUUGUGAUAUUAAUGAAUCAUUGUAAAUAAAGUGCACAUAGAAUGGUUUGGAUUUGGAUGCCCUACGAGUUUCAUUUCUGGCCAGUGUAUUGCUUGCUAGAUUCUGGAUAUAUUUAGAUUAUUCACCAAGAGACCUUGAGUC